AUGUUACCUAACUUUCUCCUUCAUGCUUUGCUUUUAGCAACCGCUGCUUUAGCUGCUCGCGAUCCUAGUUACCCAGCUUGUGACACCAAUGCAAACGAUCACAAAAUGACCAAGACUGGAACUGGCUAUUCGUGGUACACUACCGAUGACCCAGUUGAAUACGUUGCACCAGGAACAGGUUCAUGUGCAUAUACCUAUACGGAUCAAUCUUUAGUGGCUUGUCUCAAUCCAGGUCAAGUUAACUCAGCCAUUGUGAACGGCUGCCACAAAUGGAUCGAAUUGACCAAUCCUGCCAACGGUAUUGUUGCACAAGCCAUGGUUGGUGAUGCUUGCGGCGCAGUCCCAAAUUCUACGUUCGGCUGUAAUGAUGUUUAUCUCUCAAAAGAAGUUUUCGUAGAGCUUGCAGGUGAUGACAGUUCAACAGCCUUGCAAAAAGGUCGUUUGAGUGGUGAUUUACAAUGGAGAUUCAUCAUUGAGCCUUGCAAAGGUUGCGCUAUGGGUUAUCCUGGAAUCUUCCUCAACGGCACAACUGAUCCUUGUACCGGUCACGAUAGUCACGGUCUCCUUCGUUGCGGUAGAAGCAAUCUUUCUGGUCAAGAUGUGAACAAGGUCUGCAAUGCUAACGUUCAAACUUGCCCUAAAUGA